AUGCCAUUUCUAAGUUCUAUACUCUUGAGAUGGCCGUUGUGUCUACAUUGUAGACAUGUUGCUGACAAAACUGAUUUUGAAGAUUUUAAUAAUAAUUCAGGUGUUGAUUAUUAUUUAGUGCCAAAUAUAAUUCAUUUUAUUAGAUGGAACAUAUCAGCGUUUAACUUCGUCGAUAUUGUGUGCAUUCGAGCUGCUUAUAUUGCUCAAAAACCCGAUAGAAUAUUAAUUCACACAAAUAUAAAAAAAUUCUCCGGAAAAUAUUCGGAAGUAUUGAAAGAAUGGCCUGAUUUAUAUAAUAUUACUGAGAUAGUUGAAAGUUAUCCACCAAAAAGUAUAUUUGGACAACGUUUCAGGGGUCCAUUUGCUUUAUCGCAUGGGUCGGAUAUUGAACGUAUUCGCAUACUCAUGAAAUAUGGUGGCAUCUAUUUAGAUAGAGAUGUGUACGUUGUGCAAAACUUGAAUAAGUAUCGAAAAUAUGAGAUGGUUCUGGGCUGGAUAAAUAAUUGGCCGCGUAUUGGCACCAUGGUCUAUCUUGCUCAUAAGGAUGCUCGUUUUCUCCCGUUAUAUAUUAAAACAUAUCAAGGUUCGUAUAACGCUAGUGUAUGGUAUUAUAAUGCUGGUAGAAAACCAGUUGAGGAUAUACUGUUGAAACGGCCAGAAUUAAUUCAUCGGGUAAAAACAAAAUUUGGUGUAAAUGUGGAAAUAACACACUACUUAUACAAUACUCAAAACUGGAGUGACUGGAAAAAACAAGAUACAAUUCAUUUGUGUAUAAAUCAUCGCAAUUAUAUGUAUCCCGAUAACUUUAAAAGAUAUCCGAUAUUGGAUGAAAAUACAAUUUUAACGUACAACUAUACAUUUCGUGAGAUGGCCAUGCAAGCCUAUUUUGCGAGAGACACAUUGACAAAUCAUUUGAGCAAUACAACAUCUAUCAGUACCACCUAA